AUGGAGGUUACGCAUGAAAUUUUAGUAAUGCUAUAUUAGAGAGUUAUUUCUUUAUUCUAAUACUAUUAAGUUCUUGGCUAAACGAAUUCAACAUUUAUACUUUUAUCAAGUUUAAUUAUUGGAUUAUUGGUUUGUUGUUUUGUUAAGUACCUUCUCAAUGUAAUUUAAGUAUAAAGAACAACCUAAAACAUUCAUUAACAAAUGCUUAAUUCUAUUCUAUUGGCACCAAUAUAAUAUUUUGAUAUAAAUCCUUCAGGAAGAAUUAUAAAUAGAUUUUCUAAUGAUUUAUCAUUAUGUGAUAAUUCAACAAACUAAGUUUGCUUAGAUAUUUUAGAGUUGAUUGGUAAUUUCUUCAUUGCCUUGAUAACACUUGCUGUCUUGUAGCCUUAUUUUAUCUUUAUGAUUUGCUUCAUUAUAAUUUUAAAUCUCUAUUAAUAUCAUUUUUACAAUAAAAUUGUGAGCUAAUUAAAGGAAAAUGAAUUAAUUUAAAGAAGUCCAUUAUUUGAUUUCAUUAAAAAAACAAUAGGAGGAUCAAUCUAAAUUAGAGUUUAUAAAUAGUAAGACCUGUUCAAGAAAUAAUUUUUAGAUUUAUCCAAUAAAUGUAAUUUAAAUUCAUUGACAUAUUGUUAUUCAAUUAGAUCUUUUUGCUUUAAUAUUGAUUUUAUUGGAUUUAUAGCUUCAUCAGUUGGUCUAUUCAUUUUCCUUAAUCUUAAUUCGAAUGAUGUUGCUAUAUUCUCUUAAGGACUGUUGUUAUUAAUCACAUAUAAUGAUGGAUUAUCAUUAGGAUUAAAAUAGUUGAUUAAUUUUGCAACAUAAAUGAGUUCAUAUAAUAGAAUGUUUUAAAUAAUUGAUGUAGAAUCUGAGGCACCUCAAGUCAAAGAUAUAGAUUCUAAGUUACCCAAUUUUCCAGAAUCAGGUCAUAUUAAAUUUAAUAAUGUUUGUAUGAGAUACAGAGAGAAUUCAAAUUUUAUUCUAAAAGGAUUAUCAUUUGAAGUAUAAAGUGGAGAAAAAAUUGGUUGUGUUGGUAGAACUGGAGCUGGAAAAUCAUCAAUUUUGUAAGCCAUUUUUAGGAUGUGUGAAAUUGAGGACUGUGAAGAUUCAAAAAUUGAAAUCGCUGGAGUUAAUACUAAAUAAUUAGGAUUAUAAAAAUUAAGAAGUAGUAUAGGAAUUAUACCAUAAUUUCCAUUUUUAUUUACUGGAAGUCUUCGAUCAAAUUUAGAUCCAUUUGGUUAAUAUGAUGACUAAGCCAUUUGGGAAGCUUUGGAGGUUACUGGAUUAAUUGAAUAUGCAAGAUCAUUCUCUAAAGGUUUACUAACUGAUAUUUGUGAUGUUAAUUCACUCUUCUUUUUGGGAUAAAAAUAACUAAUUUGUUUGGCUAGAAUUCUAUUAUAAAAGAAGAAGAUCAUUGUUUUAGAUGAAGCAACUGCUAAUCUUGAUAUGAAGACUGAUGAUUUUAUCUAAAAUACUCUUAAGUAACAGCUUAAGGAUUGUACUCUUUUUACCAUAGCUCACAGAUUGAAUACAAUUGCUGAUUAUGAUAAAGUUAUGGUCAUUGAAAAUGGAAACGCAAUUGAAUUUGAUACGCCUUUCAAUCUUAUGGCAUAAUCACUUAAUUCGACAACUAUAGAUAGAAAAACUCAGUUUUCUUAUCUUGUUUUUAAUACUGGAGAAUCUAACUCUAGAGUUAUUUUUGAUAUUGCCAAAAAUAAAUUGAUUAACUCUAACAAAUGA